UCGACGUGGUGUUGACGUGCAUAGACGAGCAACGACACAAACCAGGUUUUUAACACCCGGGCUGCUCACCGCUAGCUGCUGGUUGCUCUACCACAGCAGUAAUGCCUCACACAGUAGGACAAGUAUUGGCGCGGCAUCGCUUGCCAGGGCACACGAGGGGGGGGGAGGAGGAGGAGGAAGCGGGAAGCGACCACGACGCGCGAGAGUCGUCGGAGCGGUACUUCUCCGCGAGGUGGAUGCUGGAGAGGGAGAGGGCACGAGAAGAAUCGGACGACUGCUCGCAAGCUUUCGCGAUCAUCCCCGUAGUCGGGGUGUGCCUGAUGGUCCUGUACGUGGUAUGGCUGGACCAGGCAUCACAAGGGCUUCUCGUUUGGUUGGCAGGGGGAUCGCCGCUGGCGGAGCUCGUUCCUUUUAAGAUGCUCGGGGAGAUGGUCGGCGGGGGCGAUGAAAUGGCGAUUCCUGGGGCGUACGCAUGACGUUACACCGCGCAUGGGAGUGUUGUGCGGCGGAGCGGAGGGGGUACAGAAUGGAAUGGGCGGUCGGAAAAAGCGCCGUGGACGCCGGUGUAUGCCCCGACGAGGCCUGAAUGCAACAACGCGGAUUGUUUGUUCACGACCACGAAGCCGCUCUGAGAAAGGGGGGCGGUUGAGGGUUGAUCCUCGGGGGGGGGUUAUACCCACCUAACUCGAGAGGGAAGGAGGCGAUGUAUGUUGCGGGGAGGGGGCAUUGUUAAUUCGAGGUGGAACCGGCUGUGUACGAUUAAUUGGGACACAGAGGUGGGCCCUAGCGUGUUAUACUCGAAGCCAUUUGUCGAUAUCAGGAGAGCCGAAAGGUAGAUUCCGGUCAUUGCCUGUUUCUUGCCGCGGGAAAAAGUAGGGGUUUGAUUUGUGGCGCAUAUGGCCCUGGAUUUGUGGCGCAUAUGGCCCUGGAUUUUAGAAAAGAAACGAAGGGGUCGGCGCUCUGUUUGUCGUUGUCGUGGUGAAAGCACCUCACGCGUGUUGAUUGUUGUUGUGGUCCCCCGUUUGGAUGGCGGGGUGCGUUUUUUUUCUGUUUGCUAUUGUAGCGGUCUCGCAUUAGAACGGCGGCCGCCUCCCCGGUGUCGCAGAAAAUAGGCGUGUUGUAUCUCGUGUUGUGCUUUGUGCUUGAUGUUUCUCGUGGUCGCUUGUUUUCUGCUCUGGGUAAUUUUUGGUGAGUUGUGAUAAAUCGGUUGAGAGAAGCUUUGUGGACGAAAACCGCUCUUUUUCUCGUGCGAGCUUCUUCGUGCGUCUUGUUCAUAUUUAUUGUUGUGUGGUCAUCAUCAGCGUUAGCCGUAGGGGCGCGACAAUGCUGUCUAACGGUUUUGUGCUCGCCCGCGCGGCUGUCAACGAGAACCGGUACUUGUUGUUUACACGGAGUGUUUUGUAUAAUCCAGCAUCUCACCUACGUACAGCAGUAGCACACGCAGCCGGGAAUAAACGAGGUUGUUUGAAGCGACACGGGAUCCAGAGCGUUCCGUUAGGGGUUCUUGUGCGAGCGAAGCGUUUGCUCGCGUGAUUUCUCAAGCGGGCACUGUCGUGGUGCUGUUGGGGGCGUCGGGGGGGUGGGGGUAGUAGUUUGUGUCAUGAGAGGACCCCUUGGGAAAGCCAACCCGGUUUCACGUUUUAGGACAAGCGGACUCGGAGACACUUGUAGGGACUUGGAACUACGGGAAGACGAAUACAUGUAGUGAUUCUGUAUCACUUAAGAAUAGUGUGGACUGGGUGAGUGUCCGUGGAACAAUGACGUGGAAUGGAUGGGUAUGUGAGGUUCACCAAAGGUAGUGGAAAAAUCUAUGAGCAGGACGGACACGUGCGGGGGAGAGGGCAGGUAGUGUUGGGAGCUCUAACAAAAAUUUCUUUUUGUAUGC